AUGACGCAAUUGCAAGUACAAGGGACAAGAGAACUGUCUUCCCAGCAAUGCUGCUGCUGGGAGCAAGUGUGGAACACCAUGUUCUUCAAGGAAGAAGAAACCAUGAUUGCCAAGGAGGAAGAAAAGUUGCAAAAGGUGAAGGAUGCCUACUUUCAACAAUUGCCACAGCAAGACCCUGUGACGAUGGAGUUGAUGCAACUGCAAUUUCAAACCAACAAGGCUUGUCAAGAGAUUCAAUCCAAAUACCAUUCGCAAUUCAACCGAAAGGAUCACCGACAACGCUAUGAAAAAUAUGGCAGCCGUGCCAAUUUCAUUCGCGAUCGGAACUCUGAAUUGUUGGUUCGUCAAUAA